AUGCUUCAAAGCAGUCUCGGACAGGCGCAACGCUUCAAGAAGCGCGAACGUACGCAAAACUGGGCGUAUGAGGAAAAACAUUUCCUGCUGGAGCUAUGCCGGAAGGACAUGCACAUCAUCGAGAACAAGCGGCUGGACAGUGCGCUGACGACGUUAAAGAACCGCGCAUGGAAGAUCAUCCAUCAGCAGUUUGCGAUCGCAUUCGGUACCGAUCGAAACUGCAAUCGGCUGAAGGAACAGUGGCGCCGAAUGAAGGCCUGUACACGGGCGGAAAUGCUUGACUAUCAACAGCGGGUACAGCGCUUCGGACAGGAGGUGGCCGAUCGGAAGAAACCGAGCCAGUUCACGUUCGAGAUCUGGGAGUUUAUGCAGGAAGCGAAGAAGGUAUGCAAGAACGAGCUGAUGGAUGAUGUGGACUACUCGAAGAUGAAGCUUUCGCUAGAAGAGAACCUUCCGCAGGGCGUUUCGAUCAAGGAGUGUAGCGAUGAGAACGAUGACGAGAGUUCCUCGAUGUGGGACAAAACUUCGCAAAACAUUUGCGAAGUGCAGAUCAAGGAGGACUCGCAGGACGAAAUGGAUGAUUACGAUAAAGGCUCGGCGGCCAAGUACCCUCGACUGCGUGGCCUCUCGAGCACAUCGACUCCGUUCGGAACCGCAUCGGCGGCGGCGGAAGCAGCUCACAGCCGCUUUAACGAACUGCUGGCGACCAGCUUUGCGAACCGUCUGGCCAACGAGCACCACCACCAUCACCAUCUGGGCAACAGUGGCUCGGCCGCAGGAAACCACAACAAUAAUAACAACAACAACAACAAUACGGCUAGUGCGCACAAACUGCUUGAAAGUCUCGACGCGUACAAUCGGGCGGCGGCGGCCGGUUUUGGUAACGACUCGACGGGCCUGGCGGAUCUUUCGCACGGGGCAUCCGUUAGCGGGUCCAACUUUUCUGCGAUGGACCUAAACAACACCCUCGAGGCGCUGAACCUGCUCAAAACCCGCUUCAACCGUAUGGGUGACCUCGGGCAUUGGAAGAACGCAUUUCAGGAGGCACAGAACUUGAGCACAGUUAACCACGCACCGGAUUCACCGACCGGUCAUAGCAACGCACAAAACACCCUCCAAGGGCUCGCUAAUGGAGGCACUAAUGAAGCCACUGGUCUAAUGCACGAUGACGCAGAAAAUGUCCUUCCCAGAGCUUGCACCCCAGUGCCUGGAAUGGUUGGAUCGAACGGAACCAGUAGGACGCUCUCAAAGUUGCUGGAAACGCACCACCAGGCGGAGCACGAUUUGCGGAUGGAGAUACUGCGAACCGAUCUCGAAACAGCUAAGAUCAACAAAGAAACCGCCGAGCUGAAUCGGAAGCUGGCUUUACAGAAACUUCAGCUGGGCGAGGACAGUAACAACGUCAGCAACGGUUCAAGCACCGACAGGAGAGAGGAAGUGAACGAUGAUGUGGUCGUCGAGGUAGAUGGCAGUGCUUCCGAUCCGGCAGUUUCCAUUCCACAGAGCAGCAGAUUGACCGUACGAACAUCACUCGGAAGCGCAGAAGGACCUCCUCCGAUGGCGUUAUCCGUAUCUUCGUGAUCACUUUUUGCAUAAGUGACCUCAGCAGGUUUGAUCGUGCAGCGAUGCAAAUUUAAACAGUACCUUCGAUUGAAUCAGCAGCUGCCACCAUCAGGUUUUGACUUUAAAUGUAAAAUAAAAGAACUAUAUUCCAAAUGUUAUAGCUUGCGGCAAAAAAAAGAGAACAUUAGAUACAACCAAACGUGUGUGUGCUUAGUUUAGUUUGAAAGACUGCCGGUGCUUUCGUAAUUGCAUCGGAAUCAAUUAUAAAAGUAGCUAAAGAUAGA